CUACAAUCACCAUCGUUUGCGACAUUGCGCUGCUGCUCGUCGUUUGUGCACAACAAGGUAUAUAACAUCCAAGUGCCAUCUUGCACACUUUCCAUCUCACUCUUUCAUCCCACCAUCACCACAAAGGCCCGCUCAACAAUGACUGCCUUCCCUACUGUCACCCUUAACGACGGCAACAAGUACCCCGUCGUCGGCUUCGGCACCGGCUCCGCCCUCUACCAGAAGGACGCGACCGACCUUGUCGUCUCGGCGCUCGAGAGCGGCUUCGUCUCGCUCGACACGGCCGAGGUGUACGCCAACACGCAGAGCGUCGGCGACGCCCUCAAGCAGUGGGGCGGCAAGCGCGAGGACGUCUACAUCCUCACCAAGUGGGGCAAGUCGCAGCCCGGCUCGGACGUCAACGAGCCCCGCAAGGUGCUCGAGGGCCUCCUCAAGGAGCUCGGCACCGACUAUGUCGACCUGUACCUCAUCCACUUCCCCAAGGUGACGGACCGCCCGCUCGCCGAGACGUGGAAGGUGUUUGAGCAGAUCAAGCGCGACGGCCUCGCCCGCUCGAUCGGCGUGUCCAACUUUGCUGCUGAGAAGAUUGAGGAGCUCGCCAAGACGUGGGAGAUCCCCGCUGCCGUCAACCAGAUCGAGUACUCGCCCUACAUUUACCACUCGGCGCAGAUUGAGCGCCUCGCGGCCGUGCAGAAGAAGUACGACGUCAAGUUCCAGGCGUACGGCCCGCUCUCGAGCCUGUCGCGCACGCCCGGCGGACCCGUCGACCCCGUCGUGAAGAAGAUCGCCGAGGCGCACAAGGCGACCGAGGCGCAGGUGCUCCUCAAGUGGGCGCAGCAGUUUGGCGGCGGCACCGUCGUGACCACCUCGCGCAACGUCCCCCGCCAGAAGGAGUACGUCGAGGCCUUCACCAAGAUCAGCGCCCUCACCGACGCCGAGGUGGCCGAGAUCGCCGAGGCAGGCAAGGGCCGCUUCUACCGUCAGUUCCUGCAGAACAUCUGGGACGAGGCCGAGCAGUAG